AUGUGAAACCCAAUCUCCAGCUCACUCUCCCCACUUUCUCCCAAUUUCUCCAAAUUCCCAAUCCUAACAUAGGCAUCUCCCAAUAGUGAAUGAUAUGAUUUUGCCAGAUUUGGGCAUCUUAUUUGCAUAAGCAGCAAGGCAUCUUGGUUCAAAAUUUCAUCUUGCUAAAAUUGUGGUUAAAUAUGGGACAUCUGAAUCCACAACCUGAAAGCAGUGCACUUCAUGGAGAGAUUAGGCAUUGUCCUGUUAGGCCUUCCACAGGUGCAUUAGCAUGUAUGAUCAAUGCUGAAAUAGGGGCUGUUCUGGCUGUCAUGAGGAGAAAUGUAAGGUGGGGAAUUCAUUAUGUGGCAGAUGAUGAUCAGCUAGAGCACUCUCUCAUCCAUUCUUUGAAAGAAUUGCGGAAACAAAUUUUUUCAUGGCAACAUCCGUGGAACACUAUAAACCCUAUUGUAUACCUCCAGCCAUUUUUGGAUGUCAUUCGGUCUGAUGAAACUGGUGCACCAAUUACUGGUGUUGCUUUGUCAUCUGUUUACAAAAUCUUAACCCUUGACAUACUUGAUCUUGACACAGUGAAUGUGGGGAAUGCCAUGCAUCUCAUAGUUGAUGCUGUGACUAGCUGCAGGUUUGAGGUAACUGAUCCAGCAUCUGAGGAAGUGGUGCUAAUGAAGAUACUUCAGGUUCUGUUAGCUUGCAUGAAAAGUAAGGCAGCAGCUAGGUUGACUAAUCAGCAUGUUUGCAACAUAGUGGAUACAUGCUUUCGUGUAGUUCAUCAGGCAAGCUCCAAAGGUGAAUUGUUGCAACGGAUUGCACGGCACACAAUGCAUGAAUUGGUUAGGUGUAUUUUCUCUCACCUUCCUGAGAUCAGCAAUUCAAAACUGAUAGCUACCGGAAGCAGGUUAUCUUCUGCUGAAACGGCAGGUGUAGUUGACAGGGAUCACAUGUUUGGUAGUAUACAGCAAGAAAAUGGCCAUGAUGGUGUUGAAUAUGAUGAUCAAUCCUCCAAGGAACAUGCUUCAACCAUUCCCGUGGAGAAGUCAGCUGGUGAAAUGUAUGCAAGCAAGGCUGAGGAAAGUGGCAAGGUGGAGGAUGGUCAAGAUGGUGAAAAAUUGAUGAUGGAGCCCUUUGGCAUCCCAUGCAUGGUGGAGAUAUUUCAUUUCCUGUGUUCUUUGUUGAAUGUCAUUGAGCACGUUGGUAUUGGUCCUAGAUCAAAUCCCAUAGCAUAUGAAGAGGAUGUUCCACUCUUUGCUUUGGGGUUGAUUAAUUCAGCUAUAGAAUUGGGUGGGCCAUCAUUCAGUCAACACCCCAAGUUAUUGGCUUUGAUUCAGGAUGAAUUGUUUCAUAAUCUGAUGCAGUUUGGUUUAUCAAUGAGCCCACUGAUUCUUUCUACUGUAUGUAGCAUUGUUCUGAAUCUGUAUUAUCAUCUCCGUACAGAACUGAAGGCACAGCUUGAAGCUUUCUUUUCUUGUGUGCUUUUGAGACUAGCACAACGUAAGCAUGGGUCUUCAUACCAACAGCAGGAGGUAGCUCUGGAAGCAUUGGUUGACUUGUGCAGGCAGCAGACAUUCAUGGCUGAGAUGUAUACCAAUUUUGACUGUGACAUAACCUACAGUAAUGUAUUUGAAGACCUUGCUAAUCUGUUGUCAAAAAGUGCAUUUCCUGUUAAUGGACCUUUGUCUGCAAUGCAUAUUCUUGCUCUGGAUGGCCUGGUAUCCAUGACCAAAGUUAUGGCUGCAAGGAUUGGCAAUGAGUUACCUGCUUCAGAUGAGACUUCAGUAAAUUGUGAGGGAUAUGAAGCUUUUUGGACAUUGAAAUGUGACAACUAUAACAAUCCUAGUUGUUGGAUUCCAUUUGUUCAUAAGACAAAAUUUAUCAAGAAAAAGUUGAUGGUUGGAACAGAUCACUUUAAUCGUGAUCCCAAGAAAGGUCUAGAAUUUCUUCAAGGAAUGCAUUUAUUGCCAGAUAAACUUGACCCACAAAGUGUAGCAUCCUUCUUUAGGUACACUAGUGGACUGGAUAAGAAUCUUAUUGGAGAUUUUCUGGGAAAUCAUGAUGAAUUUUGUAUCCAGGUGCUUCAUGAAUUUGCUAGGACUUUUGAUUUCCAUGGCAUGAAUUUAGAUACUGCAUUGCGACUUUUCUUGGGAACUUUCAGAUUGCCUGGAGAAUCACAGAAAAUACAGAGGGUUCUUGAGGCAUUUGCUGAAAGAUAUUAUGAGCAAUCAGCACAUCUGUUUUUUAACAAGGAUGCCGCUCUCGUAUUGUCUUAUUCACUUAUAUUGCUCAACACAGAUCAACACAAUGUACAGGUAAAGAAAAAGAUGACUGAACAAGACUUUAUCCGUAACAAUCGUAAUAUCAAUGGAGGGAAUGAUCUUCCUAGAGAGUUCCUCUCAGAGCUUUACCACUCAAUCUGUGAGGAUGAAAUCCAGAUGAUCCCAGACCAAGGUGCUGCUUCUCCACUGGUGACCUUGAGCCGCUGGAUUAAUGUAAUGCACAAAUCCAAGGAAGCAACUCCUUUCAUUGUCUGUGAUUCUGGAGCACUUCUUGACCACGAUAUGUUUGCUAUCUUGUCUGGUCCCACAAUUGCUGCGAUAUCAGUGGUUUUUGAUCAAGUGGAGCAGGAGGAUAUUUUGCAGACAUGUGUUGAUGGAUUCAUGGCCAUUGCCAAAAUUGCAGCCCACUAUCAUUUUGAUAGUGUUUUGAAUGACUUAGUUGUGUCUCUUUGUAAAUUCACAACCCUGUUGACUCCAUUAUCUAUUGAAGAAGCCAUCCUUGCCUUCGCUGAUGAUGUCAGAGCCAGGAUGGCAACCACAGCAGUUUUCACAAUAGCAAGUGGCUAUGGUGAUUAUAUCCACUCUGGCUGGAAAAACAUAUUGGAUUGUGUCCUAAGCUUGCACAAGCUUGGCCUUCUACCUGCUCAUCUGGUUAGUGAUGCAGCUGAUGAUAGAGAGUCCUCAUCUGAUUUGGAGCCUGAGAAAACUGCUACAAGUUCCGUAUCAAAAGUGCACCCACCAUCUUUGGCUACUCAAAGAAAAUCAUCUGGUCUGAUUAGUCGGUUCAGCCAGCUCUUAUCUUUUGAUAUGGAGGAGCCAAGGUUGCAGCCAGAUGAGGAACAGCUUGCUGCUCAUCAACACACUCGCGAAGUAAUACAGAGCUGUCACAUUGAUAGUAUAUUUACAGAGAGUAAGUUUCUCCAGGCCGAGUCUUUAUUGCAACUUGUGAGGGCCCUUAUGUUGGCUACAGGCCGACUCCAAAAAGGAAAUGGCUUUAUGGAAGAUGAAGGCACUGCAGUGUUCUGCCUGGAAUUGCUGAUUGCAAUUACACUGAAUAACCGUGAUAGGAUCUUGCUAAUCUGGCAGGGGGUUUAUGAGCACAUAUCCAACAUUGUUCAGUCUACUGUGAUGCCUUGUACUCUAGUGGAAAAGGCCGUCUUUGGGCUCCUUAGGAUAUGCCAGCGUCUUCUUCCCUAUAAGGAAAACCUGACUGAUGAGCUCCUGAAGUCACUGCAACUAAUAUUGAAACUUGAUGCUCGGGUCGCUGAUACAUAUUGUGAGCCUAUAACACAGGAAGUCAUGCGCCUUGUAAAAGCAAAUGCUACCCUCAUCAGAUCCAAUGUGGGUUGGCGCAUUAUCAUCUCCUUGCUAUCUAUCACAGCUCGACAUCCAGAAGCAUCUGAAGCAGGAUUUGAGGCUCUAGCAUUUAUCAUGUCUGACGGGGCACAUCUUCUACCUUCUAAUUAUGUUCUUUGUGUGGAUGCAGCAAGGGAAUUUGCAGAGUCCCGCGUUGGGGAGGUUGAGAGGUCUGUUUCUGCACUAGAUAUGAUGGCAGGUUCUGUGGUUUGUCUGGUAAGAUGGUAUUCAGAGGCUAAAAGUGCUGUGGUGGAGGAAGCUUCAGUGAAAGUAAGUCAAGAUAUUGGAGAGAUGUGGAUGAGGCUGGUGCAGGGACUAAGGAAAGUAUGUUUGGACCAGAGAGAAGAGGUGAGGAACCAUGCUGUUUUAACAUUGCAGAGUUCCUUGGCAGGAGUAGAUGUGAUCCCCCUUUCAAGUGCCAUGUGGUUCCAGUGUUUUGAUCUUGCAAUCUUCACAUUAGUGGAUGAGUUGUUAGAGAUCUCGCUAACAAACUCCCCAAAAGACUACCGGAAAAUGGAGGGUACACUUGUUCUAGCCAUGAAGCUCAUGGCAAAGGCCUUCUUACAAUCACUGCAGGAUCUGUCUCAGCAGCCGUCAUUCUGCAAAUUAUGGCUUGGGGUUCUCAAUCGAAUGGAGAGAUAUAUGAAGGCAAGAUUCCGGGGAAAACACAGUGAAAAAAUUCAUGAAUCAGUUCCAGAGCUUCUCAAAAACACUCUGUUGGUGAUGAAGACAACCGGUAUUCUCAUGCCAAGUAAUGAUAUAGGGGGCGAUAGUUUUUGGCAGCUGACAUGGCUACAGGUAAAGAAUAUAGUCCCAUCAAUGAAAUCCGAAGUAUUCCCAGAUGAUGAAUUGGAGCAAAUACAAGCAAAACACAAUAAAACUGGGGGAAUUCCCGUGACUACCAAAGCCACAGUGCCUGUUCCAUCAAGUCAAACCACAGUGUGAAGAUUGCAAGUAUCAACAGCACAAUGUCGUGAUAGAUGUGAAUGGCUUUGAUCUACCUAUUAAUAUAUUGAUAUAUGAGGACCCUUUGAGUUAAAAAGUGAAGCCACAGAGAAGGGUGGGGAUCAUCAGGAUCAAAGUUUCAUUGCAGAAAUGAAACUUCAUUUUUCACUCCAAGGAGCGCUAUUAAAGGUGCGUAGAGAGUAUUUUCUCCAUCUGAAUAGGAAUUCCUGCAUGAAACGUGUUUUUGUACCGGGCAAUCGGGCAUAUGAAUCUCUUUACUAAAGCCAUUUCUCCUGCACGCUUGGUGUCAUAUACCAGUGAUAAUAAUACAGCAAUUUUAGUUCAUCUGCAAUUUUUGAAAUUUAUUGCAGAGUUAGUUAUAUGGUCAAUGUACCACCGUUUGAACUGCUUUGAAAAUGACAAUGAAAUCAACAAAGAAACUUCUU